AUGGCCAACUAUUCCCUCAUCCAUCAUUGGGCGGGUCAAGGCCUCUUGGAUGCCUUCACCUUCCUUGAUUCCCCCGACCCUAGCAAGGCUUCGUUAAGUAGUUAUCAGGACUACGAGAGCGCUGUUUCACAAAAGCUCGUCACCGUCGACGUCAACAACAAGGUCAAACUUGGUGUUGAUAGCACGAACAUUUACGACCCCAAUACCGACGUGGGUAGGCCCAGUGUCCGUUUGACCAGCAAUGAAGUGUUCAACUAUGGUCUCUUCAUUGCUGACUUUGAGCGUAUGCCAGCUUCAGCUUGUGGCUCGUGGCCAGCUUUCUGGGCUCUGAACAAUCAAUAUGGGAACGUCUGGCCAACGGGAGGCGAAAUCGACAUUAUCGAGGGCCAAAACGAUGCGGAGACCAACUUGUUUGCCGCGCACACCAGUACCGGCUGUUCAGUUGCUGGUUCCGGGUACAAUGGCAUUUUAACACGAUCCGACUGCAAUGAUGAUUAUUAUAACCGUGGUUGUACUUACAGUGCCUCGGACAAGGGAUCAUAUGGUGAUACCUUCAAUGCUGCCGGUGGUGGUGUGUACGCUAUGGAGUGGACCGAAGAACGGAUCAAGAUCUGGCACUUCAGGCGCAGUGAAAUUCCUGACGAUAUUUCGUUCGCGCCCCUACAAACUCCUGACCCGUCGACUUGGGGCGCUCCUCAAGCCUUGUUUGGAGGACCAAGUGAAUCAAGUUGCGAGACUGAUAAAUACUUUUUCAACUUGAGUCUUGCUAUCAAUAUCAACUUUUGCGGUGACUAUGCUGGCAACCUAUGGAACCAGAGCGAUUGCGCCUUAACACGCGGUUCAUCCUGCACUGCAUUCGUGGCCAGCAACCCUCAAGCUUUUGUCAACUCUUUCUGGCUAAUCAAUUCUAUCGACAUUUACAUGGUGCCGGACAACACAACAACUGCAACAAACAGCACCGUGCCACCGUUCCCGGCCAAUAGCACAACAACGCCUUUCACACGUGUAACUAUAUCGACCGCUGACCCAACUGCUGUGCCAACUGGCGCGAAUGGUGGAUUUAUCGACGAUGAAGCGAUUGGCGGGUAUUCUCUGCUUGGCUGCUUUGGCUCUGCUGGCGGCUACCAGAACUUUCAGCGAUACGCUGACUUGCCAGAUAUGGACAAUGACGUAUGUGUUGAGUCUUGCAAGAGCGCCCGUAAGAAAUAUGCCGGGACCGCAGUGACGACCUGUUACUGUGCAGAUAGCCUUGGUGAUGCUGCCGCAACGAACAACAACCGUUGCAACAUCCCCUGCCCCGGCUGCGAUCUUGAGACCUGCGGUGGCUUUGUAAACGGUUCUGCCCCUGGCCAGAUCAGCACUGGUGGCUUCAACUCUACCAACCCAGAUAACACAACGUCGAUCUUGCCACGGCAAAGGGUCAACAGCCGUGAUGCUCCUGCUGAUAUUCUUCUGACUGUCUACGGCAAUCUCACUGACGAUAUUCCACCUCCACCUCCUGGCAUAGAAGGUGACAACGGAACAGGCUCUAGAACAGUCACCGCCGGCGCAAAUGUCACACUCACCACCGCUGUCACUGUAUCAUACACCACUAUUUGUGCCACCAACCCUGCCGAGCUCGUCAUUCUCGAAUACUGUACUACGAUCACCAUCGAGAACUGCCCAAUUACUAAAGCUACCACCGCUCCCGCGCCCGGCGUCCCCUCCACCUCACUCGGCAACGCCAUGGCUGUUCCCACCACCGCCGUACCUAUGAAAACCUGCGUCGAGACGUGCUCGGCCUGUGGCCCCAAAGGCGAGAGCACCGUGACUCUUACCAUUCCUCUGGCCAUAGCUACUGGUGGAGACGAUAUCGUGGUCACUGCCAUCUCGGUCGUGACUGUCCUACCACUGAAUGGAAGCUAUGCUGCUGCCGGUGAUGGGUCAGUCGCGGGCACGAGUGCGGCCGUGUCCGCCAUCGAGAGUCCAAGCCAGUUGCUUGUGAUAGCUGGCGCUGACAGUGUGUUUAGUAUUGUGACAUGGGGCGUUAUGCUUUGGCUGGGUGUCUUCGGUGUCAUGAUUGUGGUGUAAAAUCAUGAUUUGGGAUGUCAUCAUGUGCAUUCGAUGGCCUGGCGUCAUGGAUAUGUAAAAGCUGGUUGGCAUUUAUAAGGUGAGAUUUUCCAAAAUAGUCUUGAACACCCGACAAUGAACGGGCACGAGUAGUUCCUUUAUCUGUAGACUAGGUCAUGAAAGCUGCAACCUAUUGUAUUUUAUUACAAGUACAAAUAAGCCU